AUCUAGACUCCAGACAGGUAUGCGCGGUGCCUUUGGAAAGCCUCAGGGCACAGUGGCCAGGGUCCACGUUGGCCAGGUCAUAAUGUCCAUCCGCACCAAGCUGCAGAACAAGGAACAUGUGAUUGAAGCCCUCCGCCGGGCCAAGUUCAAGUUCCCUGGCCGCCAGAAGAUUCACAUCUCUAAGAAGUGGGGAUUUACCAAAUUCAAUGCGGAUGAAUUUGAGAACAUGGUGGCAGAAAAGCGACUCAUCCCAGAUGGCUGUGGGGUCAAAUACAUCCCUAAUCGUGGUCCCCUGGACAAAUGGCGGGCCCUGCACUCAUGAGCAUCAGCGCUGUCCCCUCCUUAAUCAUGCUCACCAAUAAAUGCUAUUUCCUGUCAAAAA